AUGAGCUCCGAAAGUAACUCUUUUUUGAACUACCCUCCACCUCGUGAGGGUCCGAAAGUUCCAUACAAGAACGAAACCCAAUCCAUCCCGGUCUUCCGCGGUACUACGCUUGCGAUCGGCGCAACUCUAAUCCACAAUGUUGGCUUCAUCCAAAGCCACUUCUGGCGUAAUGCUGGAUUUGGUGUGAUUCGCGAAAUUCCGGAACUUCAUCAAUACCCCGGCCGUUACGAUCCUACCGUGAUUCCCGUCGAGAAUGCCUCCAGCGAUGCGCCGACUCCUACCGUGGAGAAGCGGAAGGGGUCUAAUACCUACUACACCUCCGCCGACUACUACGCGUUGUAUUCGUCUGGCGAAUUGACCCCGACAGCGGUCGUCGAGACGCUGCUUCCUCUGAUCCGUCGCGACGCCAACCCGCCCGGAAAGCACUCAACGGCAUUCCUCGAGUCGCAAGCCGAAAUUAUCCGCGCAGCUGCAGAAUCUUCCACCGAGCGAUAUAAGAAGGGCCAGCCUCUUGGCCCGCUGGAUGGCAUUCCCGUGGCGGUCAAGGAUGAAGUGGACAUCACUGGUUACAAGCGUACCCUAGGAACCAAGCUUGAUUUCAAAGCUGGCAGCGAUGCUACUUCCUGGUGUGUCCAGCAAUGGCAAGAUGCUGGUGCGAUUGUAAUCGGAAAGACCACCAUGCAUGAAUUGGGUCUCGACACAAACAACAACAAUCCUAACUAUGGAACGCCGAAGAACCCUCAUAACAAUCAAUACUACUGUGGUGGCUCUUCUGGAGGAUCUGGCUACGCCGUCGGUGCCGGUUUGGUGCCCAUUGCUCUUGGUGCUGAUGGUGGUGGCUCGAUUCGUAUUCCUUCGUCUUUCUGCGGUAUUUGGGGAUUGAAGCCUACUCACGCUCGCGUAUCUGGAGCGCCUUCUAUGAGUCUUGCACCCACUGUCGGCGUCCUCGGGCCCAUGGCCGCGAGUAUCGAUGACCUGGCCCUUGCUUAUAGGGUCAUGGCAGCACCGGCACCAGCAUCGCAAGAUCCCAUUUCCUCGCAAUUCCCCAAGCCAGUACCCCUCCCAUCCGAUCGUAAGAGAACCAAGACCAUUGGUAUAGUCCGCGACUGGAUCGACCGCGCUGAGACUCCAGUUCGCGCUGUUUUCGAUACUGCCCUGGAUUACUACCGUCAAAACGGCUACGAAGUCAUCGAUAUCACUAUCCCUUAUCUACCCGAAGGCCAACGUGCCCAUAUCCUGACCAUCAUGGCCGAGAUCGCGUCCGGUUUGGAUGCGAGCCAGAUUAAACAGCUCACAGCUCCGAACAAGGUCCUCGUCUCCAUGGGAAUGUGGCAAAUCACUGCCCAAGACCUCCUUGCAGCACAGCGUCUGCGUAACCUGUUGAUGACGCAUGUCGCGUACCUUUACAAGACCCAUCCUGGUCUGAUGAUUCUCUCUCCGACAACACCUCUCCCUGGAUGGCACAUUGAUGGCGGUGAAGCUGACCUUGCUCGGGGCUUGUCUGAUGGCAAGACCUCUGUGCGGAACAUGGAGUAUGUCUGGCUGGCAAACUUCAUCGGCUGUCCAUCUAUCAACUGCCCUGCAGGAUAUGACCGUAGGAGCGGUGUUCCUAUUGGCUUGAUGGCGAUGAGUGAAUGGGGUACUGAGGAAGAUUUGAUCGACUUUGCUCGUGAUGGCGAAGGUGUUUUGGACUUGCCUGCCAACCAGCCUUCUUGUGAGAAUGAGGAAGACUCGGAAGCCAAGGGACUCCGUGCUCCGUCAUCGAAGGAGUCGAAUUGGGAGGAUGUCAUUGCUCUGGCUAAGGCAUGA